AUGAAUAGCUGGGCGCAAUCUAGCUAUGUAGUUGACGAUCGGCCGAUGAAUUCAGACUAUUCCGGCUGGCCGUCUUCUGUCCCACCGAGCAAUCUUCCAUCGCCUGGUCGCCGAGAGCAUGGAUUGCAGCCGCCGACACUCAUGACCUCGUUGAACCCCGUGCAGUUUCAACACGUAUCAACUCCUCUGUCGUCCACAUCGCUCUCGAGUCCGUUCACACAGGGCGCCUCUUCAGCGGUUGUGUCGCCGCACAACGCUAGGUCGGCCUCAUCUUCAUCCAUGGCAUCGAGGCAGUUCAGCGUACCCUACAACCCGCAGGACUGGGGCCCUGUGGGGGGCAACAGCUCUCAGAUGGGAUAUGCUCAGCAACCUGGCUUGCACCAUGCCGCACAGCAGCAGCGAGGACAAACGGAAUCACCACUUUCCCCGCCGCCUCCGCCAUACUCACCUCCUCACAACCAGAGCUCGGCCCAAAGAGAGUCUUAUGCUCAGGCCGGCCCAAGUGCUGCUGUUGUAGCCCCCCAUUCUACAGUGACCCCGCCACAUCAGCCAUACACGGCAACCGGAUAUGAUAACACCGCAGACUUUCAUCGGCGUUCCGCUCCUCGCCCACGUCCCGUUUCGAUGAUCUAUGGUAAUGACGUAGAAAUACACCGACAGUCGCUACCACCACCGCCACCUCCUCAGGGUCAUCCGGGAUCUCGUUCCAAUUCUCAGUCUCGAACAAGUACGUAUCAAAGCUCUCCGUACAACACCCCAGCCGGAUCGCAAUCCCGAGCGAUAUCAGCCUCGUACGAGCAGGCCCACCCAUCUGCUUCACGAAGCACUGGAUUCGGAUACACCACAGAUCAGUAUGAGUCUCCGUCCAGACCACCAGCAUCCCGACGGGCCGCCUCAGCCGGGGCUGUUGUCAGCAGCACGAGCUACCCAAGGCCCCCGAACCUUUCCCGAGGCACGUCGCCAGCGAACAGCUGGGAACCCGGAAUGCCUCUGCCACCACCACCCCCGGGUCCACCUCCCCUUGCAGGCUCCGCCAGCGUCAGCGGCUCAUCGGAGUCUUCCUCUGCUCGAACGGUGCAAGGUCACGGGCGAACUCGCGCUCGACCACCGCCAUUGAUGGGAACAGGCCUGGGCAGUAUUCCACCGACCCCAGCUGACUGGAUUGAUGAGGAGUACAUCAACCACCGGCCAACCAACGAUCAGGAACCGCUUCACAUUGACACCGCCAAGGCGAUGCAGGCACACGAGGCAGGUGGUGAACUGGACUCUAACGGCCAGAUACAGCAGUCUCAACGGACGCCCGGGAGUGGCGGCAGCGGCCUUUUCCGCAGCGCAGCAAUUCGCGACCCCAGCGCAAAAGGAAUUCGUGAAAGAAGGAUUGAACGACGGAACCGUCAGAACCAGAAUUUCGAAGAGAUGAGUGCGGUGUCUGCUACAAGCGCAAACCCUUGGGCCGAUGCCCUGGAGUCAAUUGUGCCGUCAAAUUUGGUGCUUCCCGAGUCGAAGAGACAGUCGGAACAUUCACGCCAGCCAUCCACCUCCAGAUUCACCCCUCAAAGUACAAGGAGCAUAGGCUCAGACAGCCAACCUGUGCCGUCAAGAUCGAGGGCAUCUUCCGGGGGCCUGUUUUCAGAUAGAUCGUCCUCGUUCUCAUCGCCCAAGCCGGACCCGGGCUCCGCGAGCCAGGCUGCGGCUUUUGCACCUACGCCACCAUUCUCUCCCAACGCGGGACCUUCCUCUCAAAAUAGUCAAAAAGAAGCCCAACUUGUACCACCCAAAGCACUCCCCACGCCACCUCUCAACUCCGGCAAGGAGCCGCGGUCACGUUCUCGUGCAGCGUCUAAAGGACCAGAGGAUCGCCCGAUUUCGCAUAUACUGCAUCUCCCUAACGAAGGCAUUCCCGGGAUCACGCCGUUGUCACCGAAACGAUUUCCUGUACCACAGGGCAGCCAACGAGUUUCUUCCCAGUCGCUCACCAAACAAAACACGGAGCAUAUUCAAAACACGAUUCAGAGGCAUCAGAAAUUUAUCGAAGAUGAAGCCGCCGCAGUGGAUGAGGCCGAGGCUUUGAAGAUUUUCAAUGAUUUCAUCAUCUCCGAGUCGCAGAUUCGCCGUCAAGUAUAUGCGGCGGUCUUUGAUACAGCUUCUGCGCAGAUUGCCGACGUUCGUUCCAAGCUCUUCGAGUUGCCACCCUGUCAACCCAGCUUGCCAUCGGCAAAACCGGCAAAGCCAGCGCCAACGCUGGAAAUACCGUCAAAUAAACCCGUUCGUCCCGAGUCGGCUUGGUGGAAUAACUAUCAGCCUUGUUUGUCACCGAUUGCCAGUCUCGGCAUGAGCAACGAUGAGAUGAGCUCCCGCGGCAGGGCACCCAGUCGAUGGUGGGAAUCCAAGACCGGCUCUAGCAGCGACGGUGUGGCGCGGCGAAUUCAACGAUCUAAGCGGGAGUCCAAGUACAUGGGGCUGCCAAGGGACAGUCUGCAAUGGGACCAGGAGCGCACACCGUCUAGGCUUGACGAUGCUGGAGCCAACUACUCAGGACAGCAGGUACCCUAUGGUCCUGACGAGUAUCCGCCGGAGAAGUCAGGCUGGCACGAAGACACUGCCGGCUACGCUAGGCCUGGCAGAAAUGAACGCGCUCAAUUUGUUUCAAGUCAAAGACUGGAUAUCUCACGCCUGGUGACACUUCCACCGCCGUAUCCACGCCAUUACCCCGCAGUCAAUAACAGUCACCCGGAUCUCGUUUCGUAUCGAACGAUUGUUCGAUCAAUCACAGAUCUGUCAGAGAUUAAAGCCACUCGAGCUCGUUACGCUUCGGACAUGGAGAGGAUGGCCCAGGAGUAUCAGGGUCAAGUGACGGAUGGACGUUCCCAAUUCAAGGCCAAUAUUCAAAGGCAAAUUCAAGAAGGCAGCAUUAGCUUCGCCGAGGCAGCCGAGGCAGAAGCUGCGAUGUUGGCGGACCAGGACGAAGGGGAACGAGACUUGGUCAAGCGGCAGCUCGACAGCUAUCAAGAUACUGUUAUGAAACCGAUGAAUGCCAUUCUCAUGGACAGAAUCAGUCGAGCUACCACCUGCAUUGAUGAGCUGAGCAGCCGGCUUUUUGACGAUGCACAGCACGAGACGCCCGACCAAACACAAGAGGAAGGUGACGAAAACCCAGAACUGCUGGAGAAGUUGACACAGCUCAAGUGGCUCUUUGAGGCGCGUGAGCAACUUCACCGAGAAGCAUUUGAUCUUGUCAAAGUUCGCGAUGAAAAAUACAAAGCGCUUGCUAUCCUGCCCUAUCAGCAGAGCAAAAACGAAGAAAAGACCCGGGAAACCAGAGAAUUCUUUGCCAAGGACGCCAUGGACCGACGCGUUCAGUAUGAGACAUCAGCCCUUGCCCGACUCGAAUCCUUCUUGGAUGUCAUUGAGCAAAAUGUGGUUCGGGGAGUCGAAAUUCAGCUGUCCGCUUUCUGGGAUAUUGCACCAUCCUUGUUGGCUCUCGUUCAACAAGUUCCUGAGAACCUGCGCGGGUUCCAGGUUCAAAUUCCCUCCGAAGAAUACGCUGAGAAUCCGAGCUAUCACAAGCAUCCUCUGCAGUAUCUCUACUCGCUCCUGUCACAUGCCGAGAAGUCGAGCUACCAGUACAUUGAAUCUCAAACCAACCUUCUCUGUCUUCUCCAUGAGGUGCGAUCAGCAGUGAUGCGUGCCAGCCGAAAUCUGACCGAGGCGGAGCUGAUUUGGCAAGGCGAGCCAGAGGAGGCCGUGCGAGAGCAGAUGCAGUUGGCUCGGGCUGACGAGGAGAUUACGCUCACUUCAGACCUCAAGGAGAAGGUCGCCACCGUCGAGGGACAGUGGUCUGAGGCUCUCGGAAGCCAGAUACAGGGGUUGCGCGAGCGGGUGAAGGAGCAGCUACUGGCGGAAGAUGGCUGGGAGGAUAUGGAACAGUUGGAGCAGGAGUAG